UGUGAUAUCUUUAUGCAGGUAUGGCGGCUCGAUCGUUGCUCGAUCCACUUAUUGAUCAGAAACAUCGUGCAUCGCACUUGGAGGCUGACCCGCAGAGCAUGGAGCCACUGCAGACCCGUACUCCAAAGAAGAACUGGAUGAUACACCCUCAAUGGGAAGACAGGUUGAAGUGGGCAGGACUACUACCUUUCGCUCGAUUAGUGGAGGCCCGAGAUCACAUUUCGCGCCUGAACUACGAUGCUGCUUUGAUCACCUGCUUAGUGGAUCGAUGGAGGCCCGAGACCCACACGUUCCACUUUCGCUGGGGUGAGAUGGCGCCUACUCUACAGGACGUGUCUAUGUUGCUGGGCCUUCCGUUGGCAGGUGAGCCCAUAGGCCCAUUGGAGGAAACCGUGGGCUGGAUGCACAGCAUGGAUGCACGUUUCCAGGGUGUUCGUGCAGACGUUGGGCCUAUGACUUUUGAGGCUCACGGGCCUCGCCAGGCAUGGCUACACGAGUUCCAGAUCGAGCAGUUCGGAUUCCCAGAUGUACCGAUGACUGCGGUUCAGAUCACUCGCAGCUUGGAGGCGUACCUCAUGUGGCUACUCGGGAAGACGAUGUUCACGGACAAUCACGGGAAUACGAUCAGUGCGCGGUACAUCCCUAUAGCUCAGGAGAUAGCAGAGGCCACCGAAGCAGAGCACAUCAUUCAGAGGAGCUGGGGUUCUGCGGUCUUAGCCGCUACGUACCGAGGUAUGUGUAAGGGUUGCCAGCUAACCUCGCAUGGUUCUGGCAUCGUUGGUUGUCCACUCCUGUUGCAGCUCUGGUCAUGGGCGAGGUUUCCCAUCGGCCGUCCUGAGAUUAGAGAUGGAUCUUGGCCGCCAGACGAGUUGUACGACGCAGAGCGCAUCGACAUGCCGACGUUUGGUUCUCUAUGGACAUCGCGGAAGAGACAUUUUGGGCAUAAUCAGCUAAGGAAUUGCUACCCAGCAUUCACAGAGCAGUUUGACCUACUACUAGGGAGCGAUGUCACCUGGGAGCCAUACAGUGAGGACCACCGCGACGAGGCAUACCCAGGCGGUAUAUCGAACAUGUGUACCAGAGAUUGGGCCUACUGGAUGACGAAGGCGAAGAUCAUCUUCGAUAUCUUCGUGGAGGAGAUGUCGCAGCAGAGGGUCAUGAGACAGUUUGGACAGCGUCAGCUGAUCGAGCCACCACCUCCCACAGUUCCUCUACCACCACGCGUCCACGCGUACAACAGAAAAGGAGCGAAUAAGACUGCUGCUGGAUGGUUGCAACUCCUCGCUCCAUACAUCACCGGUUGGGCAAAUGCGCCGGCAGUUUCAUGGGCAUUUGAUCCCACGCAGAUCCCACGCAGUACAGUCAGCACGAGCAGGGGUACAUGCUUCCUCCCCGACAUCGCCAGCCACCUGUUCGUAUGUACUCGCCGUCACCUUUUCAGGCUCGACCGCCACCGAGGCGAGGUGGAGGGAGGGGCCGUGGUCAGUGAGAUGAGUACUAUUUGUAUGCACCAUGUAUGA